GCUUUUGCGAUGGUGGUGGUACACCUGUAAAUUGCAUGUAAUAUAAUCCACAUUCCUAGACAUCAAAGUAGCGCUGGAGUCCCGAGUAGCUUUAUCGAGUGCACCCUCUCGGGAAUUUGUGAUGAGGCGGGAAAUGGCGUCCGAAGAGCCCGUCGAUGGUCUGUGGUUCUGAACACAGCUGGCAGCGAUAACGACGGACAGACCUCUCUCUCGGUGGCCGCACCGUUGCGGCUACCAGUGUGGACAGGCAAGCGGCAAGUUUGGUUACGAAUUGAUUUGCACCAUCGUCUUCCAUGUAACGUGUAGGAUGAUGAGGUUGAGAGUGCGGAAAGCUUCUAAGCAGACCAGCGCCAAACCAAAACCUGGUCCCAAAUCCAGCCCCGGCCGUCCAGCCCCAGCCUCGGCCCACCGCCCAGCCCAGGCCAAGAGGAAACACUGUGAGGUGGAGCCCACUGCUGCGACCAGGAGAGGCCUCAGAAUGCAGAAGAAUGAGACGGGCCUGUUUUCCACCAUCAAGAAGUUCAUCAGGGGAAAUGCUGUCAAGAUGGAGCAUGACAUCCCAGCUAAGAGGAGUCGUGUUGAUUGUAAAGUGGACAGCAGCAACCUGAUCACGUCUUCUCCUCAUCCUCCUAACAAAGCUAUCCCCAGGGGCUGCAGGAGAAGCGCUAACAAACCUGAUCCAAUGACGUUGAACAGUAAGCCCCUGAAGCCCAACGGUAAACUGGAGGUGCCUGUGGAGGUGGCCAUCAGCCCUCCUCGCACUACUCUCCUGGGGACCAUCUUCUCUCCUGUCUUCAACUUCUUCUCACCUGCAACCAAGACCGCCACUCUUGGGUCUGACUCACCUGGGCAGGUGCUGGAGGCUGAGGAGAUUGUGAAGGAGGUGGAGGAAAUGUCGACCAGUACCCCCACAUCUACAGAAGGCGUCGUCCUGUCUCCUGUUGCUCCAGUACCACCACCACCACUGGCUCCUCUGGCUACACCAGAACCACCUGUGGAGGAAGGAGAGAUGGUUACAGAAACAGAUACGCCCCUUCUAACAGCUCCGGUAUGCACCCCAGUCAGCUGUUACCCCCACGGCCCUCCCACGGCCCCUGCAGACGGCACCUACGAGGAGGACUGGGAAGUCUUUGAUCCGUACUUCUUCAUCAAACAUGUGCCUCCGUUGACAGAGGAGCAGAUAGCCAGGAAACCAGCACUGCCUCUCAAAACACGCAGCACACCAGAGUUCUCCCUGGUCCUAGAUUUGGACGAGACGUUGGUGCACUGUAGUCUGAAUGAGUUGGAUGACGCAGCCCUGACCUUCCCUGUCCUGUUCCAAGACGUCAUCUACCAGGUGUAUGUGCGUUUGAGGCCGUUCUUCAGAGAGUUCCUGGAGCGCAUGUCUCAAAUUUACGAGAUCAUUCUGUUCACUGCCUCUAAGAAGGUGUAUGCAGACAAGCUGCUCAACAUCCUGGACCCUAAGAAACAGUUGGUCAGGCAUCGUUUGUUUCGUGAGCACUGUGUGUGUGUUCAAGGAAACUACAUCAAGGACCUAAAUAUUCUGGGAAGAGAUCUUUCAAAAACAAUAAUAAUCGACAAUUCACCUCAAGCCUUCGCCUAUCAGCUUUCCAAUGGGAUUCCCAUCGAGAGCUGGUUCAUGGACAGGAACGAUAACGAGCUUCUCAAGCUGGUUCCUUUCCUGGAGAAGCUAGUAGAGAUGAAUGAGGACGUAAGGCCUUACGUCAGAGAACGGUUUCGUCUUCACGAUCUCCUUCCUCCAGACUGAUUUGUGAUUGGUUGACCCAGCAGGCUAACCAAUAGAAAUAUAGAAUGUAUAUUUAUAUUAGAAUGUUCAUUCUAAUUCUAUGGAUUAGCCCUGCAGUACUUGGAGAGGGAUGCCUUUCCUUCAACACAGUGGAGAUGAAGAGAAUCAAGUUUAACUGACUCUAAUGAGGAUGUUGUUUUAAAUGGAUCUCUGUCUACAACUACAACGUUUUCAUUACUGAUGAAAAUACCAAACAAAAUACCAUUACAGAGGAUUUUCUUAUUACAGAAAACGACAAAACACAAAUCUUUAUAAUUCCUGAAGCUAUGUACAGUUUGAGUAUUUGUUAAUGUUUUGUAUACUCAAACUAAACUGUACCCCCAGGGUAGAGCAGUCCCCUUGUAUAGUAAAAGGCUUCUGCCUAGACGGAUGGACCUCUUUGUUUAUUCUUGAAAGCAGGGCCGUGUUCGUUAAGGCACAAACGUUUUGCAACUAAGGAAAAUAAAGCGUUUCUGAUUGGACAAGUCCAGGCAGAACCUCUCCAAUUCGGACCGUUUUCUUCGUUUUUGGUGCCUAAUGAACAAGACCGUGGCGACUUUCUGGGAGAUUGUUUCUCAUCUGCAGCUACACUUUUGGACUGAAUGUCAUGCAGUAUUUGAGUGUGAGGACCUGACUGCUCCAGACUCAUUUUAACAGGAAUGGGCAGUCAAACCUGUAUAAUAUACACGCUCGAUUACAUGUGUACAUAUGACGUAUAUAUUUUUCAACUUUUCACUGUGCUUCUGAUUUUAGUAUGUUCAUCUUUUAACUGACUUUACACCUUUGGAAGAAAAAAUAGGUGAUUUUUCUGUUGUCUGCCUGCAAUUUUUACAUCCCAAUUGGCAACCUAUUCCCUAUAUAGUGCACUGUUUGAUCACAGUCCUAUGGGACCUAUUCCCUAUAUAGUGCACUGUUUGAUCACAGUCCUAUGGGACCUAUUCCCUAUAUAGUGCACUGUUUGAUCACAGUCCUAUGGGACCUAUUCCCUAUAUAGUGCACUGUUUGAUCACAGUCCUAUGGGACCUAUUCCCUAUAUAGUGCACUGUUUGACCACAGUCCUAUGGGACCUAUAUAGUGCACUAUACAAAAUAAUAGGGUGUCAUUUGGUAUGCAUGCUUACUUCCUAGUCUGCUUUUUAGUCCCAUUUUUUUUAAGUGCAGUUAUGUGGUCUCUAACAAGGUGCAGGUUUUAAUCUAUCUUUUAAGAGGAAAUGUUUCUGAAAUCAUCAUCAUGAUGAUGUGUAUAGGUCGUAAUGUUAAUGUAGUAUAAGGUUUCACUUGGAAGACCAUUCAACAAGCCAUAAUGAUGGCCCAGAUACUCAUUUAGAAAAUGUAUCUUUGAGAUUUCACCCCUUUUGUUCUUUUUUUGUAAAGAUGCUUAAAAAUCCCCUUAAGAUGCUCUGUUUUUAGGGUGUGAUGAAGAGUUUAAGGAGGAAGGCAGGCUUCGGAGCUCCAGCACUUUUUGUAUAAAAAAAUAUACUUUUAAAUGCAGCCCUAUGUAAAAAAAUAAUAAUUUUUUGUACACAAGUUAUCACCUCAAUUGUUAUGUCCGGACUAUUUUGAAAUCGUAGCACCAGCAAAACGGCUAACAUUUUUUUGUUUUUAUCUUUUAAAUCAUGUUUUUCAUUGCUGUUCUUAGUCGUGGGUGUGUGUGUGUGUGUGGAAUCUCUUAUGUAUGAGUCUAAAAGUUUGGCCGAUAAGACUCCCAUGUUGUCAUUGACCAUCUUGGACGGUCACUCCUGUUGUACUCGGUGUUACUCAAUGGUGUCCUUGAUCAUAAAUACAUUUUUAUACAAUUAA